AUGUCCAAGAUCUUUUCAAAAGAUGAGGUUGCUAGCCACAAAACGAAAGACGACCUCUGGGUCAUUGUUGAUGACGACGCUUACGACUUGACCAAAUUUCAAGAAGAACAUCCUGGAGGUCAGAAAAUCCUCCAGCGGGUGGCCGGCAAGGAUGCCUCAAAACAAUUCUGGAAAUAUCACAAUGAGAGCAUACUUAAGAAAUACCGAGCCCAAUUACUGGUCGGAUCCCUAGACAGCAAGAAGAAAGAAGCCGCCCCUCCUACUCCACCUGCAACACCGCCACCAGCUGAGAAGAAGACGGAGGCUAAGGAGAAGGUAAAACCACAAGCUGAGUCCGGAGCCGUAGCUCCAGUCCCAGGGAAAGAUGUGGAGGAAGUAAAAGAGUCAAUGGAUCCGUAUGGGGCUAUGAUACCCUACGCGGAUCCAUCGUGGUAUCAAAGUUAUCAUUCUCCCUAUUUCAACGAGACCCACGUUGCUCUCCGCGCGGAAGUCCGCGAAUGGGUUGACAAUGAGAUCGAACCUUACGUUACGGAAUGGGAUGAAGCCAAGAAAGUGCCAGACAAAAUCUACAAGCAGAUGGGCGAGCGUGGCUACCUGGCAGGUCUGAUGGGCCUACACAAAUAUCCUACUAAUUACACCGAUCACCGGGUCAAGAGCGUGAAGCCUGAAGACUGGGACCUCUUCCACGAAAUGCUUUUGACGGACGAGAUAUCGAGAGCAGGCAGCGGUGGUCUUGUAUGGAACCUGAUCGGAGGAUUUGGCAUCGGAUGCCCUCCCUUGGUCAAGUUCGGCAAGAAGCCCCUCGUCGAUCGGAUAUUACCCGGCAUCCUGAAUGGGGACAAGAGAAUAUGUCUGGCUAUUACCGAGCCAGAUGCUGGAAGUGAUGUUGCCAAUCUGACUUGCGAAGCUAAGCUUACCGAAGAUGGCAAGCACUACAUCGUGAACGGCGAGAAAAAGUGGAUCACAAACGGCGUGUGGUGCGAUUACUUCACAACUGCGGUCCGAACUGGUGGUGAAGGUAUGAACGGUGUGUCAGCGCUGCUUAUUGAGCGCGAGCACGGUGGUGUCAGCACCAGGAAGAUGGACUGCCAGGGUGUAUGGGCUAGUGGAACCACAUAUGUGACGUUCGAGGACGUUAAAGUACCGGUGGAGAAUCUGCUAAGCAAAGAGAACCAAGGGUUUAAGGUCAUUAUGACCAACUUCAACCACGAGCGAAUAGGCAUAAUCAUCCAAUGCAUUCGUUUCUCCCGCGUCUGUUACGAAGAGUCUGUCAAGUAUGCUCACAAGCGCCGCACUUUCGGCAAGAAGCUCAUCGACCACCCUGUCAUCCGGCUCAAGCUUGCACACAUGGCUCGCCAGAUCGAAGCCUCUUACAACUGGAUGGAGAAUCUGAUCUACCAGUGCAACGUCAUGCAGGAGACCGAGGCCAUGUUGAAGCUUGGUGGUGCUAUUGCGGGCUUGAAAGCCCAGGCCACGGUGACCUUUGAGUUCUGUGCUAGGGAGGCAAGUCAGAUCUUCGGUGGACUCAGCUACAGCCGUGGUGGACAAGGUGCCAAGGUCGAGAGAUUAUACCGCGACGUCCGAGCUUACGCGAUUCCUGGUGGCAGCGAGGAGAUCAUGCUGGAUCUCAGCAUCAGACAGGCACUGAGGGUGCACAAGGCCCUAGGAAUGAAGCUGUGA